CGUGCAUCGAAAAAAAACAUUAAAUAGGCCAAAGAUGGAGUCGGUAGUGGCUUGAAAGUAAUUAAUUAAUUUUGAGGUGGUGAAUGGAGUUUGGGGCAAGAAGUGUUGUCGGACUUUUGUUGAUGUGGUGGUGCAUUUUGUGGUUGGGGGAAGGAGUUGAUGUGCCACCGUGUGAUUUCCGGGCAAUAUACAACUUCGGCGAUUCCAACUCCGACACCGGAGGAAUAGCAGCCGCCUUUUUCCCGAUGAUAUAUCCCAGCGGCCAGACUUUUUUUCACAGAGCUGCCGGCAGGGCCGGCGACGGACGUCUUAUCGUAGACUUUAUUGCUGAACAUUUGGGAAUGCCACACUUGAGUGCAUACUUGGAUUCCGUCGGAACAACUUUCCGGCAUGGGGCAAAUUUCGCGACCGGCGGUGCAACCAUUAGAAGACAUGAUGAGUCAUGGUUCCGGAAUGGUGUCAGUCCAUUCCCUAUGGAUAUUCAAGUGGAACAUUUCAAGCAGUUCAUAAAUAGAUCUUCCUACUUCUAUAACCAAGAAAAAAGUGAAAGAGAUAGGCUGCCGGUGCCGGGCGAUUUCUCAAAAGCACUUUACACUGUGGAUAUUGGCCAAAACGAUAUAGCCGCUGGGUUGAGAGUGGGUUUGGAGCAACUCCGGAACACCACACCCGACAUUGUAAACCACCUAGCUGCCAAUGUUGUUGAUUUGUAUAAUAAAGGGGGGCGGAGUUUUUGGAUACACAACACGGGACCAAUAGGAUGUUUACCUGUAUACGCGGUGAAGGCCAACAGGGAAGAGUUGGAUGAGAAGGGUUGUGUGAGCAGCCAUAAUGAAGCAGCCAUGGAAUUCAACAGGCAACUAAAAGACAGGGUUGUUCAGUUAAGAACAGAGCUCUCAGGAGCUGCACUCACCUACAUAGACAUGUUCCAAGCCAAGUACAAGUUGAUUGGGAGUGCAAAGGAUCAAGGAUUUGAAGACCCAUCCAAGAUCUGUUGUGGAUACCAUGAUAAGAGAUAUGAUGUUUGGUGUGGGCACAACGGGAUAACAAAUGGGACAACGGAGGUGUAUGCAGGAUCAUGUGAGGAGCCGUCUACCGUAAUAAGUUGGGAUGGCGUACAUUAUACUGAAGCUGCUAACAAAUGGGUUGCUCUCCAUAUUGUGAACGGGACAUGGUCAGACCCUCCAAUCUCCAUCACAAGAGCUUGUCAGACCCAAUUAUAACUCUUAAGAAGACUCUGUAC